AUGCUUGCAGCGGUGUCGUCUUUGAGGGAUUUAAGUAGUAUUUGGUUGAACGCUGUUAAACCUUCUGUUGCUGUUAAUGCAAUCAAAGAAGUUGUAUUAGCGGAUAAAGCCGUAGAAGUGCAAGGGGAAAUUGAAGGGGAAGAAAAAGCAAAAGAUGUGGAGAAGCCACUUCCAUCUUCUACUGUUGAAACAAAAGGUAGCUCUUCACUGAAACCCUUUACUUUCCAGGCAGCUCCUCAGCCAUCCGAGGAAAAGUCAAAAGAAGUCUUUGAUGACGACUGGGAUGCGGAAGAAGAAAAACCUAUUGACAAAUCUCCAGAUGGAAGGUUUUUGAAGUUCGAUGAGGAACUUGGCCGAGGUUCGUUUAAAACUGUUUAUCGAGGCCUGGAUACUGAGACAGGGGUGGCAGUUGCUUGGUGUGAACUGCAAGAAAGCAAGCUGAACAAGGUGGAGAGGCAAAGGUUCAGGGAAGAAGCGGAAAUGCUUAAGGAUUUGCAGCAUCCGAAUAUUGUGCGAUUCUAUGAUUACUGGGAAGGUCAAGAUCAUGCCGGCAAGAAGAAGUACAUUGUGCUUGUUACUGAGCUGAUGACCUCUGGUACAUUAAAAACUUAUUUGAAGCGGUUUAACCGUAUUAAUAUCAAAGUUCUCAAGUCAUGGUGUCGGCAAAUUUUAAAAGGUCUUUCUUUCUUACAUUCUCGAAACCCUCCGGUUAUUCAUCGUGAUCUCAAGUGCGACAAUAUAUUUAUUACUGGGACAACGGGUAGCGUCAAAAUAGGGGAUCUAGGGCUUGCUACGCUGAAGAACAAAUCUUAUGCGAAAAGCGUUAUUGGUACACCUGAAUUUAUGGCUCCUGAGAUGUACGAAGAACAGUAUGACGAAAGUGUGGAUGUUUAUGCAUUCGGAAUGUGUUUGCUAGAAAUGGUUACUGGAGAAUAUCCUUAUGCAGAAUGCCAGUUUCCUGGUCAGAUAUAUCGAAAAGUGACUAUGGGUGUUAAGCCCGAAUGCUUCAAACGUAUUCCUCAGCAGUACCCCGAGAUUCAAGAAAUAAUUGAUCGAUGUAUAAGAGUCCGGAGGAGUGAACGGUCCACUGUGAAACAGUUGUUGGCUGAUGAUUUUUUUAUGCCAGAAGAGCUCAUUGGCAUACGGGUUGAAAUAAAAAACAGGGAUUCGGACCUUGCCGAUACGAAUACAGAAAUACAAAUGCAGUUACGAGUGUUUGAUGAAAAGAAACGUAAACAGUACCGCUUCAAGGAAAAUGAAGGCCUUCAAUUUGCCUUUGAUAUUGAAACUGACAAAGCAGAAGAAGUAGUUCAACAGAUGAUUGAGCAGCAGCAUAUACCUGAGGAAGACACGCGAAUGAUAACGAAGUUGAUUAGGGAUAAAGUAGAGGCAUUCAAACGCGAUCGGGAAGUGCGUCAUGCGGAAAUGAAGCGGCAGCGCGAGGAAGAAGAAAGAAAGCAGGAGGAAGAGGCAAUAAGAACAGAAAUGCAACUGCGAGCGAAGGAAAAAGAACGUUUGGAACGCGAAGCGGCUGCUAAAGCUGCAGCUGCUGUUCAGGUGGAGCAGCAGUCGCAACCGUCGCAACAACAACAGCAACAGCAGCAACAACAACAACAACAACAACAACAACAGCAGCAACAACAGCAACAGCAACAACAACAACAACAACAACAGCAGCAACAACAACAACAACAGCCACAGCAAGCUCCACCACAGCAACCACAAGAACAGCAGCAGCUGCAAGAUCAACAGCAACAACAGCCACAACUUCUACAACCUCCGCAACAGCAGCCUUCAACAGCGCCUCAACAACAGCCGCUAGUAACAACGCAGCAGCAACAGGCAACGGCGACAUCACAACAACCGUCGCAGCAACAACAACCAGUACAGCCGUCCCAUCAACAACAGAAGCAACCUUUGCAGUCGUCGCAGCUCCAACAGCAACAGUAUACGGAAUCACAACAAGAAAAAACUCUGCAGCUCAAACAAAUGCAAGUAAAACAGCAACAGGAACAACAGCCUCAGAUUGAAGAUCGAGAAAAACAACCGCAGCAGCAGAUGAUAUACGGUGCCGAACUUGUUACUCAACAUGUGUGUGAAGGUGAAGACCAGAAUGAUGGACAAGCGGUUGACACCAGGCAAAAAAAGUCCAAAAAGAAAGUUCUCAUUGAAGUCCUUUGCGUAUCUAAAGACGAAAGCAACCAACAACCGUUGGUGAGUUGUCGGCUGGACACUUCGCACAAGACAGUUACUUUUCAAUUUGCACCUGACUCCGAUAAACCAGUUGUUAUAGCAGAAAAAUUGCUAGAUCAGGAUUGCGUCACAAAUGCCCAAGUUGAUUUAGUGGUAGAGCAACUUGAGAAAGUGAUCGAGAUAAUAAAUGAGGAUCCUGUUAAAGCAGUAGGCGUCAAACUAAUAAGCUUUAUCGAGCCACCACCGGUGGCGACUCCUGCUGUUGACGCUGUUCAGCCUUCGACAGUCACCGUUACUACCAGUGUUACUGACACGCCUGCUUUUGACAUUGGAGUUCCCCAGCAGACUAGCUCGCUCAGUAAAAAGAGUUCGGCUGACUGUUCUACUACUGCUUCAUCGUUACAUGGAAAUGGACAGGGCAAGGUACCGGUAAACUCUUCAAAUACCGUUUGUAACAGUCAAGCUGCUGUGCUUCAUGAACCUAAUAAAGGUAACGAAGACGGAGUGGCACCAGUUUCUGUACCAGCAACAAAGUCUUCACGAUUUUCGGUUACGAAAUCACAGUUGCCUAUUGAUACGUCGGCUCCGUCAGUUGUUUCCUCGUCAGCUUCUGUUGGGCAGGAAAAGAAGACCGUUGUGGCAUCAUCUUCAGUUCCUGUGACUCAGUUUCCAAGUACUAGUGGUACGAAUGCUGCUUCUGCUUUACCUGCAGUAUCUCAGAAUGGUAGCAACGCUCCAAACACGACUGUUACAAGUAGCAGAUUCAAGGAUGUUGCUGAAAUGCAGACAAAUGAAGUUGAGCACCAACUCGCUAUGGGGAAAGCUGCAACCCAUACUAGUGAAUCCGGGGUUCUAAUUGCAGCUCCCACUUCGUCUGUUCACGCAGUAACUUCGAAGACUUCAUCAUUCACUGUAACUGUUCCAGUUACCGUAAACGCGCCUCAAGGUGUGGGAGUGCAAUCUGUAACAACUCAAGCCACCGUAACUGUACCUGUAAAUGCUUUGUCCCAACCUCCUAUUGCACAUGUUGCACCUACUCCAGUAGUCAGUGUACCCGCGACAUCUGGAGUAGUUGGCGUCAAGGGUACAGCGUCUGUUUUAUCUCAAGCGCCCUGUAGUGGCAAUAUUGUUCAAUUAAAUCCUCAUUCUAAUCUAACAGCAUUGCCAACACUUGCUCUAUUGGAGAGUGAGUUAAGGAAAGUAAGCGGAGUUACCGGAGCGACUCCAGCUGUCGCACAAGCACCGAUUGCACUGGUUGGAACACAGGGAAUAGCUGUUACUUCAGUAAACCCUUCAGCUACAGAAGCGCCGGUUGUAGCAUCAGCUAUAGUUUGCGGAUCAUUAAAAUCAGUGCCGCAUACACCGAAGUAUCAGCCGGAGAAAACCCACAAUUUGAUUGGACUGAAUGAGAAGUUAAUUGCAUUGAGUCAGAAGUUACAAGCAGAACCUCUUGAAGAGGUUGGCGUUGUUACGGAUUUGGAAGAAGCAUCGUCUGCACCUGCUGGCAUAGGCAGUGGACAGACCUCAAAGCAGAUUCCUGUAACUGUUCCUCCUAUCACUGCAGUCGUGUCACCAGGAGUUGUAACAUCGAUGUCGAGUCCUAUUGCUACUGCUGUUGUAACUGCACUCCCUCAAGCUAGUCAAAUUCCUGCGGCACAUACAUCUGUCGGUGUCCCCUCUGCAUCGCUGACAGCUGGCGUAUUACAAGUCGAUACCUUGAAUGGACUUGCAAAUGCGUUGCAGAAGGUAAUACAUCUUGAUCAGCCGGCUGCUGCGGUUGUUCCCGAAAAUGUUUUGCCCGUAAUAGCUUCGGUUAAUGGUAAGCAAACUCCACCAGGGGCGCAAAUUCAACAGGCAGCUGUUCCACAAACUCCCUCAAUUGUAGAGUUACCCUCUGAUGAGCUUCCACAACCGAAUGUGGCGGCAGUAACUGGAGUCGCUGGUGUUCCUGUUUCUUGCGGAAUCGGGUUUCCUGUCGUUUCCGCAAUCAAUGGGGUGAGUGGGACAGGUGGACCUGAAAUUCCUAUUGUAUCUGUCGGGAUCUCCAAUCAACUUCCUAAUUGUUCUAACGGUCUCCCAGGACUUACGAGCGUUGGAGCUGUAGCACCUGAGCAAUUCAAAGCCAGUGUCGAAGCAACUCAGCAAGUGCCGUUACCUACCGCUGCAGGAAGUGGUGACGAUUUAACUCCAUUGGCUUCUUCUCUGCAUUUAUCUUCUUUCGCAUUUCCAGGCGGUAGCGAACAGGCAGUGGCUGGUUCACAGUUUUUCGUUACAGUUCCUAAUAACAUUGAAGUCAACCCAACCGCUAUGUCCACAUUGGAAAAUUUAGAAACAGCUUUAAGCAGCACAUUUGGCACCCAUGGACGAUGUCCUACACUGCCUCAACUUGCUUCAACGGCCGCUCAUCAACACCGACCUGGAAGUGCUACUCCAACUUCUCUUCCUCAGGCCACGCCGAUGACUUUCCUUUUGCAACAACACUAUCCUAGUAUAGCUGAGGACUUUCAAAAUCGCCCACCGUUAUCGCCACUGAAUGGUUGCGUUCCAGCGUUUCACGUUGGCACACCUCCAACACAUUACAGCGACGUUGCAAAUCAAGCAGGUGAACCUUGCUCUCGCGAUGUUUUGGACCACCACCCAUUCAGUCCAACGACAUCAUACAGCUCCGAAGUGGAUAUCCAGUUUGAUGGCGACGAGUCUGAUUAUGACGAUGACGAAUCGUUGCAAAAUUUGAAGACUAGGCAGAGGUUUGAGCUAGAAGCAUUAUUGGAACGUCAUCGACGUGAACUCCAGCAGCAACGCCAGAAAGUCCGCCAGAGUCGUAUGCAUAACAGUUUAUAUUCGUCUAUACCCAACGGUGGUUGGGCAGACGGUUAUGUACACGGCCACAGAUCUUUAAAUAAUGCCUCAGAAAGCAUGGGGAGUAGUCCACAAAUGCCGACAAUGCAUUUACCUCUUCAGCGGUCAAUACUUCCUCAUUUCGGCUCCAGUUUUAGUGCUCGGAAUCAAGUUGCUUCUAUUUCACUCCCAGCUAGUCCACCCGAACAGAACAUUCAAGCGUUUUCGCAGAGAGACCCUUUGUCACGUCGAAAUAUGAUGGAGACGGGGUCACCGUCAGGUUGCAGACCACCGUCAGUUGAUGCUGCCUUAUCGAGGACAAAACUUCCUUAUUCGCAUGCAUUAACAGUUACAACAGCGGGUAGGGGUCAACCUAAAUUGAUCGCAGCGAAACCAAAAAGCUCAGAUGUUGAAUAUAUGCCAAAUGGUUCGUUGAAUGUAGCUGGUAAAACUGCAGUUACAAGUGCAGCUCAGCCUGGUACAACAAGCUUACAGGAUCUUAGUAAUUCAUCUACUAGUGGUAGUUUGCCUCAGUAG